UUUACUCAUAAAAGCAAAAGCAAAAGCUAAAAAUAAAUAAAUAAAAACGGUCUCCUAUCUAUCCAAGCAAGGAAAAGAGACCAAAGCAGAGAGAUUGUACCCUGCGAAAACACAGAAACAGAACAGCACUCCCACUUCUCUAUCACACAUUCUUGACCGUACGAUCCAGUCAACUUUCAUACAACCAACGGCUCUGAUCACAUCACCUUCACCAACUGUUAUGGGAGGAUUUUCCGUGUUCAUAUUUUAAAGAGCAGAUAUAGGUGGUUGAGGCAUAAUCAGAUGCAGUCCCAUCCUGGAGAAACUUUCCAUGUGUUAAAAAAGGAAGGAGAUGACUGCACUGGUUCACGUUACACAGGUCAUUUGAAUAGCUCUCUUCAGGAACCAAUUGAAGUUUCUUCUUCCUCGAAUGAGGAUAACUCUGAUGAUACAUGGGAUAUAGAUGACCAAUCAAUUGAAGAUUCCUCUAAACAGUUGGUUCUUUAUGACCCUUUGGCUAAUGAUGCUGGUGAAAUUGAACCUGUUCCUCAACCGAUCCUGUCCCACCAUCCAUUUAGAAGAUACUCAGACCUGAAUGUGCCUUCUAGAGUUUUGCCAUCUGUAGGAGCUUUUACUGUGCAAUGUGCCAAAUGUUUCAAGUGGAGGCUCAUCCCAACAAAACAGAAGUAUGAAGAAUUACGUGAACAUAUUCUGGAAGAGCCUUUUUUUUGUGAAACUGCUCGUGAGUGGCGGCCUGAUAUAUCAUGUGAUGAUCCAACAGACAUUGAUCAAGAUGGGAGUAGGCUGUGGGCAAUUGAUAAACCUAACAUUGCUCAGCCCCCUCCUGGGUGGCAAAGGUUGCUGAGAAUCAGGGGCGAAGGAAGUACCAAAUUUGCAGAUGUGUACUAUCAAGCACCGUCAGGCAAGAGACUUCGCUCAAUGGUGGAAAUCCAAAAGUACUUAAUUGAACAUCCAGAGUAUAUGAGAGAUGGUUUAACUCUCACACAGUUUUCAUUUCAAAUACCAAAGCCUCUGCAGGAAAACUAUGUGAGAAAAAAGCGUCCUCAUUUAUCAGCUUCAUGUGAUGAUGCUAGACCUCUUGAACCUGGUGAAGUGCACUCUUGCUGUUCCAUGUAAGGAGUAUAUUUUGUGGUCGAUCCAUGAAACCCAACACUAUUCAGGUUGGAUUGAUUCUGUAUUUAGAUCAUCUGGGUCUAUGUGGUUCUGGAAUGUGGGGGCUGUCUCAUCGGAAUUGGUAAUGGGGUGAGGCAUUGGAUAAACCAAUCUAACCUAUGCAUAUAAAUUGUUAUGUGUGUUGAGAAACUCUUACCACUUGUUUCUUUAGGUGGAGUCCUUAUCAUGAAUUAAUGAGUAUGUAGUGUUUUUUAUCUAAUUUCCUCGUGGCCAUGGUUUUAGACUACCUGGAAAGAAUUCUUCAUGGGUGGGUUGGUUAUAACUUUUGAUUGAUUAAUGGGUGGUCCUGGGGAGAAUUAUUUGAGAAUCUGUUGCACGACUGGAUUAACCUUGUGGUCAGACUGCUGGCUUAACCUGCUUGGGAUUUUGUACUGAAUUCAAGAUAGCAUUCCUGAAGGCAUCAUCUGCUGCAUAAAGAAUUCAUUUGAAAACUUACUAAUGAUAUAUCCUUGUUUUUGCUGCAGCAAAUCCCCUUAAAUGGGUUGGUCCAGGUGAUUGUACAGAACUCCAGCUUGGCCGGCCAGCAAUCCUACCUCCACCCUUGAUUCAGUCCUCUGCUUAUCUUCCUUUCUACUGGCCAGUAAAGAAGAAAGCAAGGACACCAUCGAAACAGAGUCACAGGACUAAUCCAGUGUGUAAUCUGGAUGAACCAAAA